CGCCAAUCUUCUUCACCACCACCGCAAGCCGCCAUACACAGCAAAGAUGGGAACCGGCAAGAAAGAGGCCAACCGCAAGGAGCGCCAGGGUAAAACCGGCGAUGGUAUGGGCAACGUGAAGGUCAAGGGCGAGAACUUUUACCGCUCGGCGAAGAAGGUCAAGGUCCUCAAGCGCCUGACAGACGGCAAGGCCCAGAGGAACGCUGCCGGAGACAUCACCAAGGCCGCCUCCUACCAGUCCCGCGAAGCGCCCGUCGCCCGCGUCGAGCCCAACAGGAAGUGGUUCAAUAACACCCGAGUAAUCUCCCAGGAUGCCCUCGAUUCCUUCCGCUCGGCUGUCCAGGCACAGGCCUCCAACCCCACGACCUUUCUCAUGAAGCGCAACAAGCUGCCUAUGAGCCUGAUCGAGGAGAAGGGCAACAUCAACGGCCUCAAGCAGCACGGUGCCAAGAUUGCCGUGGCCUCGCAGCCUUUCUCAGAGACGUUCGGCGUGAAGGCUCAGCGCAAGAAGCCCAAGCUAGACUUCAGCUCCAUUGAAGACCUUGCAGCGCGCACCGAGACAAUGAACGAGACGUACCACGAGAAGCUCGAGCAGGCUAAGCUGCUGUCAGGCACAUCUGCCGACCCAGAUGAGAAGAACGAGGACGGCGACUUUGCCAGUGCACGCGAAUUUAUCUUCAUGAAGGGCACCUCGAAACGUAUCUGGAACGAGCUAUACAAAGUCAUCGACUCCAGUGAUGUUAUCCUCCACGUCCUUGAUGCCCGUGACCCCGACGGCACGCGCUGUCGCAGUGUGGAGAAAUACAUCCGCACUGAGGCGCCUCACAAGCAUCUGGUCUUCGUCCUGAACAAGGUCGAUCUGGUACCCUCUAAGGUAGCAGCUGCCUGGGUGAGACAUCUCAGCAAGGAGUUCCCCACUCUCGCCUUCCACGCCAACAUCAACAACUCCUUUGGAAAGGGUUCUCUCAUCGCCCUGCUCCGACAAUUCUCUUCCCUCCACAGCGAUCGCAAGCAAAUCUCCGUUGGUAUGGUUGGCUAUCCCAAUACAGGAAAGUCUUCCAUUAUCAACACAUUGCGCAAGAAGAAGGUCUGCGUUGUCGCGCCGAUUGCCGGUGAGACAAAGGUCUGGCAGUACAUCACACUCAUGAAGAGGAUCUACAUGAUCGACUGCCCGGGUAUCGUGCCGCCGAACCAGAGCGACACAGAUGAGGACCUCCUGCUGAGAGGCAGUGUACGAGUCGAAAACGUCGAGUAUCCGGCACAGUACAUUCCUACAGUGCUCAAGCGAGUACAGCCGAAGUACCUUCAGCGGACUUACGAACUCAAAGAGCCUGCCACAGAUGCCGUCACAUUCCUUGAGAUCCUUUGCAGGAAGAGCGGACGUCUUCUCAAGGGUGGUGAGGCUGAUAUCGAGGGUGCUGCCAAGAUGGUGCUGAACGAUUGGAUCCGUGGCAAGCUUCCCUGGUUCACGCCGCCGCCAUACAAGGAGGGCGAACAAGGCCCUGCUGUAGGCAUUGAGGGCCGUGAGGGUGCGCUCGGCGAGAUGAGCAAGAAGAGAAAGCGCGGUACCGACAGCGAAGCAGUAACUAGUGUUGCUGCUACCGUCGAUACCACCGGUGCGCCUCAAGACGAGGCCGAGAAGACCGACGGCGAAUUCGACGGCUUCAGCGAUGAAGACGAUGAGGUUGAUGAAGACGACGACGAGUCGGAGGAGGCGAAUCUCGCUGGAGGCGUGUCGCUCGAAAUCCCUAAUGUGGAGGAAGAUGAAGAAGAUGACGAAGACGUUGAAGCAGAUAUUGCAGCAAUAUCUGCCGCGUUAUCGAAAGCGAAGAAGCGGCAACGGAAAGUAUAGGAGCACUCUGAUGAUUGAAAUGAUACCCCUUUCUCGAGCCAUCCGGCUCAUCCUAUUCAUGUCUUCUCUUCAAUCAGCUCCCUGUGAUGUACCGAUAGCGUGGUGUCG